AGGGGGUUAAUUUAGAAAUAAUGAAAAAAAGGAGGGGUGUAAACAAAGAAUCCAAGCAACAUAGUUAAGGCUGUCUGCCCACAACAGAAAAACAGGGUUGUGUAAUAAAGUUAUAUAUGUGGUGUAUAAAUAUUGGAACCAACCCUUCUUGCCCUUUGCUCCCAUAUAAACCUUCUUGUCUUUGUUGCUUAACCCAUUUAUUUUUUUCCAUCACAAAAUAAAAAAUGGGUGAGAAAGCACAAUCUUCUUUUGCUGUGUGGCCUGUGGUCAAGCCAUUUGUUAAUGGUGGUGCUUCUGGGAUGUUGGCUACUUGUGUUAUUCAGCCCAUUGAUAUGAUCAAGGUGAGGAUUCAGUUGGGUCAGGGAUCUGCUGCGAGCGUGACAAGGGAAAUGCUUAAGAAUGAGGGGUUUGGUGCAUUUUACAAGGGAUUAUCUGCUGGUCUUCUUAGGCAAGCUACCUAUACAACUGCUCGGCUUGGAUCAUUCAGGAUCUUGACGAACAAGGCAAUUGAAGCUAAUGAUGGGAAGCCCCUGCCUUUGUAUCAGAAAGCUCUUUGUGGACUGACUGCUGGAGCCAUUGGAGCAACUGUUGGUAGUCCAGCAGAUUUAGCACUUAUCCGUAUGCAGGCUGAUGCAACAUUACCUGCCGCUCAGCGUCGCCAUUAUACCAAUGCAUUCCAUGCUCUGACUCGUAUCACUGCAGAUGAAGGUUUCUUUGCACUUUGGAAAGGUGCUGGCCCUACUGUGGUCAGAGCAAUGGCGUUGAACAUGGGAAUGCUUGCAUCUUAUGAUCAAAGUGUGGAAUUCUGCAAGGAUCAACUUGGUUUUGGGGAAGGUGCUACAGUUCUAGGGGCUAGUGCGGUAUCAGGGUUCUUUGCCGCGGCUUGCAGUUUGCCAUUUGAUUAUGUCAAAACUCAAAUACAGAAGAUGCAGCCUGAUGCACAGGGCAAAUAUCCAUACACCGGAUCAUUAGAUUGUGUCAUGAAGACGCUGAAAGCUGGAGGGCCGUUUAAAUUCUACACAGGAUUCCCUGUGUAUUGUGUUAGGAUCGCACCUCAUGUCAUGAUGACAUGGCUGUUCCUCAACCACAUUCAAAAGUUGGAGAAAAAAGUUGGUUUGUAGAAUUGUCCCUGGAGCUGAGCUAUAUUAAAAUAAUACCUCAUUUUCGUGUUCUUGGUUCUGACCAUUAAGAACAGUUGAAAUACUGUUGAUUCAGAAAUUCUUUUGUAGCAGACUUUUAGAACUAUUAUACUGAUCUGAAUCAGACAUUAUUAGGGCAAGAAAGAGUUUGUUUGAAGUUUACUGCAAUUAUAAUCCUAAAUACUUGUUGAUUGGCCGGUUUUCUUGGGAUUAUGCCAGAUUCUUGAGCAAUAAUUUUUGUAUUAUGAAUGACUGAUUGUGAGUUGAUGAAACAA